AUGUCAGCCACGCCUCACGCCACCCUAGAGGUCGUCUUCUCAUUCGACACGACGGGCUCCAUGUACAACUGGCUGGAACAGGUCCGUGGGCGUGUCCAAGACAUCAUCCAGCGCCUGCAGGCAGACAUCCCCGGCAUCCGGUUUGCCGUGCUGGCUCACGGCGACUACUGCGACACGGACAUCUACGUCACCAAGUGGAUAGACUUCACGACUGACGUCACCCAACUUUGCCAGUUCGUGCAAAACGCCGAGCAGACGGCCGGGGGUGACGAGCCCGAGUGUUACGAACUUGCCCUCAGACAAAUUCGGACCGAGCUCUCGUGGACGCCGGGGUCGCGGCGGGUGGUGGUGCUGAUAGGGGACGAGGUGCCGCAUGAGCCGGGGGACGCCUGCAACACGGACAAGCUGGACUGGCGCCAGGAGACUAAGGCCCUGGCUCUACACGGUGUCACCAUCUACGGCGUGCAGUGCGCGAGAAACGACGCCGACUUUUUCUACCAGUCCAUCUCCAUGGCAACCAACGGUAAACACCUGCGCCUGGAGGAGAUGUCGAGCCUGCUUGACACGCUGAUGGCCGUGUGUUACAAGGAGAGCCAAGACACGGCACUGCUGGCCAACUACGAGAGCGAAGUUCGCGCGAGGUCCAGCCACGUUAGACUGGCCGCUGACAUAGACGCCAUCUUUGCUGCACUACGUCACCAGACCGGAAGUCCGGCAAGCGCUACAGAUCAUCCACCAGCUAAGUUAAGUGCAUCAACAGAUCUCAACUUAACGCCUCCAAAACCUGUAAAGAAAAUCAAAACCAUCCGUAAAGAAAUAAAAACACCUUCGAAGAAAACUUCUCAGUUACUAAAUAAAAGACCAGCCAACAACUUGUUCGCCAGAUAUAAACUAAAAAAUCUGCCUUUGCUCAAGCGGGAGAAUGUUCCCGAAACAAAUUUCAGCCUCCGUACGUUAAACUGGUCUCGUUGGUACCUCGCCAUGUCGCCAGAUAUGCCGGGAGAUUCAACAUUGUGGGUCAAAAGAGCCGGCAGACCGGGGUACCGGCUGAAACAUCUGCCUACAUCAAAGGUUGCCGGCACAAAACUGGUGGAGGUUGCCGUACAAUGUGGGGGAGCCAGGAGCAAGAAAUACACCGUGCUCAGCAAGUUGGCCAGUCCAUGUUUUCUUACAUCUGCCUGGCCGAGUCGUCUGCUAGCCCGGCAGUGUGGUCAAGUUGACCGGGUGUUGACAGCAGGGUGUCAAGUUUACAUUCGCUACAGCCACAUAGGACAGCAGCACCGACACGAUGUGACAUCACAACUCAAACGGUAUGACUAUGCUUGGCAACAACUCAAAAGUCGAGGUGGGUCGCGGACAGUGGUCAGAUCAGGAGUUGUGAUUUCGUCAUGA